AUGUUAAUGUCUGAGGGAUUUGUUUGUGCUCGCGCUCUGGCGCACAAGUUUGUGACUCUUUAUGGCCUCUGCAAAACUCUUCUUUCCGACGCCAAGCAUUACGACUGGGGCUUAAGAGCCGUCAAAGCGGUCUUGCGGCAGGCAGGUGCCCUCAAGCGAGCAGAUCCUAAUGUGAACGAAGAUACACUCCUCAUGAGGGCCCUUCGAGACUUUAACAUCGCCAAAAUCACUACAGAAGAUAAGCCCAUUUUCUUGCGAUUGAUCGAAGACUUAUUCCCUGGGGUGGUGUCUCCACCUAAGAGAGACGUCGAGUUCUGGAAAGUUGUAAUGGCAGUGGCGAAAGCACAGAAGCUUCAGUGCGAAGAACAGUUCAUCCUUAAGUGUGUUCAAGUCAGAGAGGUGCUGCAGGUGCGUCACUGUCUGUUUAUUUUGGGGCCCCCGGGUGCCAGCAAGUCUCGCGUGUGGCAAACGUUGUCAAAAGCCCUGAAGGCAAUUGGAGAAGACGGGGUUGUGGAGGUGUUAAACCCGAAAGCCAUCUCUACCAACGAACUCUACGGUUACAUGACCCCAGCGAAGGAGUGGAAGGACGGCGCAGUAGCUGUGAUAAUGCGCAACAUGUCAAAAGAAAGAGGAGGAUUUAAGUCUUCACAUUUGCACAAGUGGAUCGUCCUCGACGGGGACAUCGAUGCAGAAUGGAUUGAAUCGAUGAACACCGUCAUGGACGACAACAAGGUGUUGACAUUGGUGAGCAACGAGCGUAUUCCCUUCACUCCAACUAUGCGCAUGAUAUUUGAAAUCGCGGACAUGAAGCAUGCAAGCCCUGCCACUGUCUCAAGAGGUGGGGUCGUGUUCAUUAACGAAACGGACGUUGGCUGGAAGCCGUUUGUGGACUCGUGGAGAGAAACCCUAUCUGAUCAAGUCGCUCAGUCGCAGUUCUACCUGCUCUUCUCCUACUACUUCGAAUCCAACAUCGAUAUGUUCCGGCGGAGUUUCAAGUUCGUCUGCCCCAUGACAGACAUAGCAUUUGUAGACGGCAUUUGCUGUUUUGUUGAUGCGCUGCUAUGCAAAGACAAAGCUACAGCAGAAGCCUUUAAGUCCAAAAGUGUUGACGAACAAAAGCUUACAUACGAAGGCUACUUCCUUUCAGCACUCAUGUGGACUGUGGGCGCCUGCGUCGCAGACGAUAAAGCGGUCAACUACAGAUCUCAGUUCAACAGUUGGCUGCGAGCUGCAGCUCGCAUUAAGUUUCCUGAAGGCGGUCUUUGCUUUGAUUACUUUUUUGAAGAGAAGACCUGUCAAUGGGUCCCCUGGAGUACCCAGCUGAUGCCCUAUGAGCCCGUCACUGAAAUGCUUUUCAACAAAAUCAUCGUAGCCACCACGGAUAUCCUCCGCAUCAACUACGUGAACGAACUCUUCUGCAAACGCGGAAGGGCCGUGCUGCUCGUUGGCUCCUGCGGUUCUGGAAAGAAUGUGUGCCUGUUCUUUCGCCUUGCUCUGGUGCUUAUGUGGAUAAAGGACUUCCUAAGGCGUCUUCCUCCUGAAUUUGAAAGUGCGACGAUUAAUUUGAACUCCUACACAGACUCUCGCACCUUGCAGAGCAUUUUGGCCUCCAACAUCGAAAAGCGCACGGGUCACACGUACGGGCCUGUGGGCAACAAGCGCAUAGUGUAUUUCAUAGACGAUCUGAAUAUGCCGUUUGUCGACAAGUACGACACGCAGCCUCCUUUGGAGUUGCUGCGUCAGCUGAUGGACUACGGCAGCAUGUUUGACAGGGCGCACUUAGAAGACAGAAUGAACGUGGUGGAUGUACAGUACAUGGGGUGCAUGAACCCCACGGCGGGGUCGUUCAAUAUCAGCUCGCGUCUGCAGCGCCACUUCUCCGUCUUGACGUGCUUUGAGCCCGAUGCAGAAACCAUCGAGCGCAUUUACGGGAGUAUCUUGCGCCAUCACUUGCUGCCCUUCGAUGCUCCUGUUGCUGAACUGGGGGCAAAUAUUGUACAGGCUUCUAUUGACUUAUUUGCUCAAAUACACGCUGACCCUGCCUUCUUGCACUCGGCAAAAAAAUUCCACUACAACUUCAACCUACGCGACCUCUCCAACUUGUUCCAGGGAGUGCUAAGGUCGUCUGCUUCGCUGUAUAGGCAGCCAACGGGAGGGCGCCUGAAGCUCAUUCGCCUGUGGCUGCACGAAGCAAACCGCGUGCUGCGAGACAGGUUAAUUUGUGAAAAUGAUAUGAACGCCCUCGAUAAUAUCCUCACGGGAGUCACCAAGAAACACUUCCCUGAUGAAGAGCAAGACCAAAUGCAUGCAGCCCCAAAUGUCAUGUGCUCCUUCUUAUCCGAAGCUUCUGGCAACGAUGCAGUUCGUAACACCAUCAAGCAACGGCUCAACCAAACACUUUUUCACUAUUGUACAAGCACACAGCACAGCAGCCAGGCAUAUUCAAUUAUGCAGACAAACUGUACAAGAGAUGUUCAAGUGUACAUACCGGCUGCAGACAUGGACUCGUUGCGCGCGGUGUUGGCAGAGAAACUGGAGGAGUAUUCACAGACGUUUACGGAGAUGAACUUGGUGUUAUUUGACGAUGCAGUGUUGCACGUGACGCGUAUAUGCAGAAUAAUAGACCUGCCUGGGGGCAAUGCGCUUCUUGUGGGAGUGGGAGGCAGCGGCAAACAGAGCCUCAGCAGGCUUGCGUGUUUCAUAUCGAAAGUCGACACCUUCCAGAUCGUCGUCAGCCAGCACUACGACUGCGCGGCAUUCAAAGUAGACAUGCAAGAGUUGAUGAACAAAGCCCUUGUGCGCCCCGGUACGCCGCAUGCGCUGCUGCUGACAGACCAACAAAUUGUAGACGAAGAACUUCUGGUUUACGUCAACGACCUACUCGCCUCAGGCAACAUCCCCGAUCUCUUCACUAGAGAUGAAUACGAACAGAUCUUCGCAACACUCAGAAAGCAGCUCAGACCUGGAGCUGCUGCCAAUACUCGGGAGGCCAUGUGGCAGGUGUUCACAGACAAAGUACAAACAAAUGUGCACGUGAUUCUUUGUCAUUCACCUGUUGGCGAACACUUGAGAGUUCGAGCACGCAAGUUCCCAGGCCUCAUCUCAGGAACAACAAUCGACGAAUUCCACCCUUGGUCCAGAGAUGCCCUUGUGCAAACAGGCACUGCUUUCCUCAAGGUGUUGCUACAACAUCACUUCAUUUUGGUGGAUGCUGUAUCUGCGUUUGGUACUUAUGCGAUAGUUGCGAACGUGGAGCUGCCUUCUGAGGAUUUGCGGGGUUUGUUAGCUGAGCACAUGGCGAAUGUGCACUUGAGUAUUGAUGCGGCGAACGAGCGCUUCUUACGAGAAGAGCGCAGGCACAACUACACUACGCCGAAGUCUUUCUUAGAGUUGAUUGCUUUCUACAAGCAGUUCUUGGAGAGGAAGAGAGAAGAGGCAAACCAAUCGAUCGAGCGCCUACAGAAGGGUCUCACUACACUCAAAGAGACUACAGCAGAGGUGGAGGGCCUCAGAGAAGACUUGAAAGAAAAAAUGGCCGUGGCAGAUGAGAAGAAAGCAGCCGCAGACGCCCUGGUCGAACAGGUGCUGAAAGCGUCAGCUAUUGCUGAUGAAGAGGCAGUCAUAGCAAACACCGAAAAAGACAAAGCCAACCAGCUCAGUCAAGAAGCCGCUGCAAUUCAGCAAAAGGCAGACGAAGAACUCUCAGAAGCCAUGCCUGCUAUGGAGAGGGCCCGCGAGGCUGUCAAAUGCCUCACCAAACCCGCAAUACAAGAGCUGAAGUCGCUGCCCAAGCCGCCUGCGGAGUGUUUAGAAGUGACGAAGGCGGUCCUUAUUAUGCGGGGAGAGACGAAAAACACCGAGUGGAAGGCAGCGCAAAAGAUGAUGAGUGACCCUGCAAAGUUCCUCGACCAGGUGCGUGCUUUUGACGCUGAGAACAUGACGGAGGAAACAGUGAACGCGAUCACUCCUAUCAUAUCUCAGCCCUUCUUCAAUUUUGAAGUGAUGAAGGGCAAGUCUUUAGCAGCUGCAUUCCUGGCAAACUGGGUUGUCAACAUUGUCACCUACAAUACCAUAUACAGAAAGGUCAAACCCCUCAUGGAUAAAUUCGCGGAGGCGACGGAGUCCAAGAACAAAGCAGACUCAAACCUCGCCCAAGUCCUCGAGAGAGUCCGAGAGAUUAACGAAAAGGUGGCGAAGCUGCAGCAGAAGAUGCAGGAAGCAGACGAAGAGCGCCAGGGUGUUGUUGCGCAAGCAACAGAAUGUCAGUUGAAGUUAGAUUUAGCGGAGCGGCUUGUGAAUGGUUUAGCAGAUGAAAACAAACGCUGGAAUGAGUCCAUGACAGAACUCGAAUCCUCUAAAAUGACUGUCAUCGGCGAUUAUCUCCUGGCCGCUGCUUUCGUCUCCUACGCUGGAGCAUUUUCGGCACCCUUCCGCGUCGGCCUCAUUGAG